AUGGACCUCAGGGCGCUGUACAUGUACGCCGCCGUCCUAGCCCUGCUCCUCUGCUCCGCGGCGACCUUCAUCCAGAGCCCCACCGACGUGUUCGGCCCGGUGGCGCUCCUCGAGCCGACCCCGUCCUCGGCGCGCGACUUCGGCGCCGUCGUCUCCGACGCGCCCUUCGCGAUCCUUCGGCCGGGGUCCUCCGCCGACAUCGCGCUCCUCCUGGGCGCGCUGUCGUCCGCACCGCCGCGCCCGAGAGCGACCGUGGCUGCGCGCGGCGUGGGGCACUCGCUCCAGGGCCAGGCGCAGGCGCGCGACGGCAUUGUGGUGGAGACGCGUUCCCUGCCACGCAGCGUGGCGGUGGUCGUGGCGGCGCGGGCGGGCGGCGAGGCCACCGCGCGCGCGUACGCGGACGUGGGCGCCGGCGCUCUGUGGGUGGAGGUACUGGAGGAGUGCCUGAAGGCCGGCCUGGCGCCGCUGUCCUGGACGGACUACUUGUACCUCACCGUGGGCGGGACGCUGUCCAAUGCCGGCAUCAGCGGCCAGGCGUUCAAGCAUGGCCCGCAGAUCAGCAACGUCCUGCAGCUCCAAGUCGUCACAGGGAAUGGGGAGGUCGUGACAUGCUCACGCACCAAGAGCCCGGAUCUCUUCUUCGCAGUUCUUGGUGGUCUUGGCCAGUUCGGCAUCAUCACCAGGGCAAGGAUUCUACUCCAAGAAGCUCCUCCAAAGGUGCGAUGGGUGAGGGCCUUCUACGACAGCUUCGAAACAUUCACGAAGGACCAAGAGCUUCUGAUCUCAAUGCCGGAGCAGGUGGACUACGUGGAGGGGUUCAUGGUUCUGGAUGAGCACUCCAUCCACAGCUCAUCCAUUGCCUUCCCCGCUCGCAUCGAUUUCAGCCCAGACUUCGGCUCCAAUGGCAAGAGGAAGGUCUACUACUGCAUAGAGUUUGCAGUGCAUGACUUCGGCUCCAGUGUCGACAAUGUUGUGGAGCUGGUGGCAGGGAAGAUGAGCCACAUGAGGCCCCACAUGUACAGUGUGGAGGUGUCCUACUUCGACUUCCUGAACAGGGUGAGGAUGGAGGAGGAGAGCCUGAGGAGCCAGGGGCUCUGGGACGUGCCUCACCCCUGGCUCAACAUGUUCGUGCCCAAGCAUGGCGUCGCUCAGCUCAAGGACCUGCUCAUGGACACCGUCUUGGCAGGAUACUUCCAGGGGGCCAUCCUUGUCUACCCUCUCCUCACUGACAAGUGGGACAGGAACACGUCGGCGGUCAUCCCGUCGGCGCCGGACGGGGUGAUGUACAUCUUCAGCGUGCUCCGGUCGGCCGACCCGUCGCGGUGCGGCCGCGGCUGCGUCGAGGAGAUCCUGGAGCAGCACCGCCGGGUGGCCGACGAGGCGUGCCGGGUCGGCGGCGGCAUCGGCGCCAAGCAGUACCUUGCCCGGCAGCCCACGCAGGCGCAUUGGCGCAGCCAUUUCGGGCCCAGCUGGGACCGCUUCCUGGCCCGCAAGGCCCGGUACGACCCAGUGCGUGUGCUUGGGCCGGGCCAAGGCAUUUUUCCUUGGACGGAUUCCGCGAGCUCCAUGUGA